UCACUGCAUGUUCAAGUUUCGUUGCACACCUGCUUUUUCAGCUCCAGAAAUGUACAUUUCUCAAUAUAUACCCUCAAAAAUACUAUUUUUGUGGUUUUUACAGCUUGGGGACGCAACUUUUAGGCCCUAAAAAGCUGCCCUGGGGCCUGAUAACUUAAUCAUAUUAUCCAUAUUAGUUUAGGACCCUUAUUUUUUAACAGUAAAAGGUUCCUAAAACAAAGGGUCAUUACCCAAAAUGGGCUGCUGCUCAAUUUUCUAGAUGUUAUUCAUCAUAAAAGAGGCAUACAUGCUCUUAAUUUAAAGUUUUAUGAUAAAUUAAAAGUCUGUUCGUCUUAGUGCUAUUUGUCAUUACUUCAUGUACACUAUUUUGGUCUUAUAUGCCUUAUUAUCUGAAAAGGUUUGGGAAACCCUACUCUAUAUGUCGCCCCAAUCAUGUACAAGGCAGCCCAAGGAAAGUCACACUAAACCUGAUGCCAACACCCACGGCAUCUAUUUUCAUUAUGGACACAUGAUAGCGAGGGGUAGUAUUAUAUUUUGCACACUAAUCCCCUCCGUUUUAUAUGUCACUGACUGCUGAAGGAUUUUUUUCCCUCCCCGCAGUGAAAAUCAAGUCAGACAGAGCCAGCAGAGAGAGUGGAUAUAUAUAGACAACUUCUUUAUAUGGUCAACAUUGAGCUGCAGGCUGCUUGCUUAGCAAAAGAGGGAAAAAACACGCACGGUUCCUCCUCUUGUCCCAGCAGUACACCAAAUAUAGUUAGAGGUGGAAAAUAUAUGUGGAAAGAAAUGACAUCUAGAAAUGACAUCUACUGCAUGUAGAUAUAUAGUAGGUGGAUAUACUUACUAUACGAACACCCCGUGGCAGGAAAGAUAUGUCAGUCAUUUAAUUUUAGGCACGCCAAAGGUCAUGGCCUGCUUGAGAUCAAGUCAUGAGGUCUUCAUGAUGAUUUUUUUUCACAUGUAAAAAUGUAAAACGCAAACAUGUCUCUAAAGUUCAAGUACUACUACAACAACUAUUUCUACUAUACAGUAGAUGGAUAGAUAAGAUAGAUAGAUAGAUAGAUAGAUAGAUAGAUAGAUAGAUAGAUAGAUAGAUAGAUAGAUAGAUAGAUAGAUAGAUAGAUAGAUAGAUAGAUAGAUAGAUAGAUAGCUACUUCAUAUGUACACUCAAAAAAUAGUGCGUUGACGUGAUAUAAUAUUUUCUUUGAUAUUUUAGUUCAGCUUAAAAAUACAAAUUAAUUAAUUAAAUGUUGGGGGGAAAAAACAAAUUUUAGCACUCAAAAAAUAAAUGCUGUUUUUUCUUUAGUAUCCUGACUGUUUAACAUGAUUGCAGUUUGUCAGAUUGACACAAAAUGGUAAUUUAUGUCUAGAAAUGUGGUUAUCCCGAGCACAAAAAAAAACAUAUUUUAGCAAAUGUGUUUGUUUUGUUUAGUCCAAAAAGAAAAGGCUGACUUAACUUAAUUUUUUAAGUUAAUUUAUGUACAUUAUAUACACACAAAUCUGUCUACCUUUUUUUAUUUGUGACAAAAAACGUUUAAAAUAUUUUACACUUAAAGUAUUGCCACUCAAAAAACACAAAAAACAUUUUUUAGUAUUUUAUUUAUUCACCUUUGAACGUAAAAAAGAGGAACAGAUUAUGCUCAGAAUAUUUUAACUAUAUUUUGCGGGUUCUCCUAAAUGUUUGUAGUUUUAUGUGAACUUUUUUCUACAUUUUUUCAUUGAUUUUUUGGUAUCUCCUCUGCCAGUGUCGUAUGUAAUGCUCGCCUUUGACCAGCAGAGGGGGCUGUAGGCUCGUUAGUGCUUUUUGGGUUAAUUCCUCCACAUUGAGAGGGCGUGUACAUCAUUAACAGGUCAUUCUUGUGGUAUCACUCUUAAUUUGGCAUUGCAUUACAUUCAUGAUCCAUGUGACCGGUGAUCUAAAUGUUGAUGUGAUGUAAUACUUUAUCGGCAAUUGAGUUGUUUUAUCAAUAAGAACUACUUCCUGGGCAAUAGCUGGCGUAGUCGCCGGGCUGCAUGUCAUCAGGCAGCCCACAAUGAAGGACGUCAUCUUGCUUCUUUGCAUGAUCUCGGAAGCUUCUGCGGUUUUUUUCCUUUUUUGAGCGUCUGAGAGAGUGUGCUCAUCAAGAAGAAGAAUGGCCUCGUCGGUGGAGGCUGUCAGACGAAAAAUACGAUCUUUGCAAGAGCAGGCGGACUGUGCGGACGACAAAUCCGAAAGAUUACAACAUGAGUUGCAUGAGCAACGCAAAGCCAGGGAGCAAGCUGAGGGUGACGUCGCUUCCCUCAACAGACGCAUCCAGCUGGUUGAGGAGGAGCUGGACCGUGCUCAGGAGCGUCUGGCCACCGCCCUGACCAAGCUGGAGGAGGCCGAGAAGGCCGCUGAUGAGAGCGAGAGAGGCAUGAAGGUCAUUGAGAACAGGGCCAUGAAGGAUGAGGAGAAGAUGGAGAUCCAGGAGAUCCAGCUGAAGGAGGCCAAGCACAUUGCUGAGGAGGCUGACCGCAAAUACGAGGAGGUGGCUCGUAAGCUGGUCAUCAUUGAGGGUGACCUUGAGCGUACGGAGGAGCGCGCUGAGCUGUCAGAAAGCAAAUGCGCUGAGCUGGAGGAAGAGUUGAAAACUGUGACCAACAACCUGAAGUCACUGGAGGCCCAGGCUGAGAAGUACUCACAGAAGGAGGACAAAUACGAGGAGGAAAUCAAGGUCCUCACAGACAAGCUGAAGGAGGCUGAGACUCGUGCUGAGUUUGCUGAGAGAUCAGUAGCCAAGCUUGAGAAGACCAUUGAUGACCUGGAGGAUGAGUUGUAUUCCCAGAAACUGAAGUACAAGGCCAUCAGCGAGGAGCUGGACCACGCCCUCAAUGACAUGACUUCCAUGUAAUUUUUUUCUCCCUCCCAACCUGCCGUGCCUUCUCCUUUCAUAUUCUGCAGUUUUCUUGUAGCUGACAGCUAGCCGGGAUGCUGCUGUAUGUUACUAUGACACAUUGUUUUACUCAGAGAGUCUUAAACAAUGUAUUUCUAUGUGUGAGCAUUCUCUCAUGUCAAUGUAUCAGUAAGAUUAGCGUGAGUAAGGUCAUGCAUGAUACAUAAGACAGCAUGGACCUCUUAUUUGUAAUUAUCAGUCAUACAGUAAAGUGGCAUCCUUAGCAAUGCAUGGAAAUCACCGUAGCCCCAAGCAUUUCCUCUUUUGAUUGAUCAUCUACUAAUAUGUCCAGCUUCACCCCCAUUAAAUCACCCACACCCCCCCUCAUUUGCUCUGUUUUGUGGCGUGACUCUGUGUUGAUGUUCCGUCCGGUUCACUGUACCUCUUCUCUCCUCCCCCUCACACAGAUAAAUUGUUUACAUCUCAUCAAAGACGCCUCCUUCCGGCUGAGUGGCAUCUGUCCGCCCUCUCCAGCCGUCCCUCCAUCUUCCUUUCCCUCCUCUCAUCUGUGCUUUCCCCGUCAUCGUGUUUGUUCUCAUCCUCAUAUCAAAGCCCAUCCCAUCUCUUGUACAGAAUCCUAAAAUCGUUCUGCGUUGUGUAAAAAAAAAAAAAAGAAUAAA